AUGGCGCAGCCACGACUCGUCUCUCUCGCCUUCUUCGUCGCCGUCCUGAUCUCAGGCGCCCACUCCACCACCUUUAACUUCAAGAACAACUGCUCCGACCCUGUUUGGCCUGCCUCGCUGAACAAUUCCGGCAAAGGUGCUCUUUCCCAGACCGGAUUCCAGCUGGACAGUGGCGCCUCGUUUUCGCUGGAUGCGCCACCCGCAUGGGGAGGCCGGCUGUGGGCUCGGCACAAAUGUUCCACCGACUCGUCCGGUAGAUUCUCGUGCCUCUCCGGGGACUGCGGCACUGGGCAUGUGGCGUGCAAUGGGGCUGGAGGAGCGUCGCCGACCACGCUCGUCGAGUUCACCCUGCAGGGCGACGGAGGCAAGGAUUUCUACGACGUGAGCUGCGUCAACGGCUUCAACGUGCCGGUGGCGUGCAAUGGGGCGGGAGGAGCGCUGCCGACCACACUCGUCGAGUACACCCUACAGGGCGACGGAGGCAAGGAUUUCUACGACAUGAGCUGCGGCGAUGGCUUCAACGUGCCGGUGUCGGUCAUUCCCAGCGGGGGGUCGAACUGCAACAGCACGACGUGCCGGACGAACAUCAAUGCACGGUGCCCCACGGAGUUGCAGAUGCUGGCGUCGGACGAGAGCGUGGUGGGGUGCAAGAGCGCAUGCUUAGCCUUCGACACGGACGAGUAUUGCUGCAGGGGUCAGUACGGUAUCCUGGACACAUGGAAGCCCACCAGCUACUCCAAGAUGUUCAAGGAUGCGUGUCCUCAAGCUUAUAGUUAUGCUUAUGAUGACAAGAGCAGCACCUUCACCUGCGUGGGGGCUAAUUACGAUAUCACCUACUGCCCUUGA